GAGGGCAUAUCCGGUAGUGACAGAGACAAGACGACCUGUUUUCGUCAUGUUGCGCGACGGAAGUACUGACAGUGUUUCACGUUUUUUCGUUUUAGCUUCGCAGGAAUUUUAUUUAAUAUUUAAGAACAAAUCUAAUUUGUGAUCAGUGUAAAUCAAACCUUUUUGUCUACAAACAUCAACGUAUUUCUGGCAGCACUGAAUGGAGUUACGGGUCUGUGGGCAGUGAGGUGAGUGUUCUGCUCUUAUGUGACCUUGACACCUUUCUCUUCUUUAGAUGAUUUUCUUUCUAUCUGGCGCAUACUAUGAAUGUGACUGCACCAAGAGACCUUCCAGUUGCAAUUUGUCAUCAAUGUCUGUCUGUGAAGAAGCGUCGCUUGCCUCCUAUUGCGUGCCGGAGCCUUGUCACCCAAACUCUUGCCGUGGAAGCUGGGAUUAAGCCAGCACUGUUGUAUGACAGCAAUGGUGCCAGUUCUGAACAAAUUCAAGAUUAUUUACAGAGGCUGCAAGACGCAGGCCUGCUCAGUCAAGAUUUGUAUGUUUUGGAUAUUGAUGAGAGCAUUCUGAUAGUUAACUUGGAGUGUAUUGUUCGGCAUCUGGAAGACAUUCUUCACCACUCCCAGGUUGCUCUUGUUGAUAUUUCCUGUUCCUUGGCCCAGCCAGCAAUAGCCUCUUUGGAAGUUAUAACAUCUGUUCAUGGACAGCUUGCAGUUCUCUUGGAGUCAUUUAAACUAUUAAAGUCUAUUCCAUCAAGAGAGCAGAAAUUGUUUUCUAUUGUAAACCUCCGGGAUACAUUAGGACUUGACUGGAAUCUCUGCUCUGUGUUUGGCUUUCUUCUUGGCUACCCCACAGUGUACUGGUUCAACCAAGAGAAGAGCUUUGAGAACAACCUAACAAUGGCACCACUGCGAGUCAUCAGCCUGUCUGUUUCAUGCCCAUUCAUUGCCGGAAAUGUAGACAUCCCAAUUUACUCAUUUAGCUUUCCAGAUGCCCUCUGGCCAGCAAUGAAAGAAAAGGUAGAAGCCUGGGUCCAGAACAGACGAGACAUAAUUAGUCAAAGACCAAGUUUUACAAGUAUGAAUAUUUCAACUGAGACGGUCUGCCUUCCAGCAGUGACAUUGUAGCAAGGGGUGGUGAUCAGUGUAAGUUUUUAUUUCCCUUCUUCACCUGGCUGGAAAACUGUAAAUGCAGUCUGUAAACAAAAAUUAGUAUAGAUUUGAAAGCUGACUGUAGUUUUAAACUUGAAUGACUUGUUUGAUUAUUUAAAUAUGGAAUGUAUAAUUUCACUGUAAUGUGUCUCUGUGGUUUUCAAGUAUUGUUUUAAAUACCCAAAUUAGAAAUGUACUGAACACUGCAAUGCUAUUUUAGCAUAAAUGCACAAGACUCAGUAAGCCUGAAUAUAGCAUCUGGGGAAAACGAGGAGUGAACAAAAGGUAACAUGUAAAGGUUUGUACCCUAAAGGGGAGAAUUACUUUCACUGAGGGGUAAAAUCAGCCCAGCAGACUUACUUAAGCAAAACUGCAUUUUUACAUUUUGCAAAAUGUUUUGCAGCCAGCACGUAAUAACUAUUUAUUAAUUUGGUGCUUGAUUCAUUUAUUUUCAUUGGGAAGUGAAUUGGCAGUUUGUGAUAGUUUUUUUAUUAUUAGUAAUUACUGCCUUUUAGCAUACCUGUACAUUGGUUUAGAGUGCCGCAUCCAGAAACUUCUUUGGAACUUUUUACAAAAAGCAGGUUAGCAGUAACAGGUGAGAAUAAUAAAGUGCUGGUUGCUUAAAGAGUGCAGUGGCAUAUGCCCUUUUUUCUUUUCAUCAUAAAAUAAUGUUUUUGGAAGAAACUUGUCAAUUAACAGUGUUAUUCUUGUAUUAGAUGGAUGGAUGGAUGAAUAUUUAUUGGUAAAUAAUUCUUGUUCUCAAAGUAAUCUUUUAAUAAGUAGUAUACACCUUUUAAAAGUGGAUUCAUUUUCUUGAAUAUAUUGAUGCAUUCCUUUGCAGUUUGUGUUAGAGACCCACUCAGUGUGGUUUAUACCCUCUAUCUAAUGCAACUCAAUUUUAAUUAAAAUAAAUUUAAAGCCUUUAAGCUUUAAGUUUUCUAGGAAAUUUAGAGUAGAAACCUGGUGGGCCUAGUUUGGCUGUCUUAAUGAGCAUUCUGCUUUGUGGUUUCAAAACCACAUUGAAAACUUACCAUCUAGAUGUGAGCAAGCAUUAUAUUGAUGCCAUUUCAUCCAUGUUAAUUAAGUCUUUUAGCUAAGAUAUGUCCCUUAUUCCAAGAAGAGACUGUAUUCAAAAAAGUUAAUAUAAGCAGUAUGGGUCAUUCAUAAUUUAUGGCAAUAUAAAGUUUUUUCCUAUUACUAAAAUUACACAGAAAUAAAAAAUCAAAUGUAUUUAGAUGGUGUGGUAACUAAUUUUUUAACACAAUUUAUAGAACCCUCAGUUAAUCUUUAAUUGUCAAAGGCUGGUAUUGGUAUUAGUCAUCAGGUUUUAGUCCUACCUAAGGUAUUUUGUGUGUAUGUAUGUAUGUAUAUAUAAUAUACGUCCCCCGGGCCACAUGAAGGCAGCCACCCUGGUCUGUGUGGGGGCAACGGGAACAGAGCUUGGAAGCUCAUCCCUGUUGGGGCCAGGGGGCACCCGGAUAAUUAUGGAUCCCCGGAAGGGAGUCCAGGUACACCUGGAGUGCUUCUGGGCACAAGGGCAGCACUUCCGCCACACAUCAGGAAGCACCUAGAGCACAUCCGGGUGAACUAUAAAAGAGGCCACCUCACUCCUUUCAGGAAGCCAGAGUCGGGUGAAAGAAGACGGAGCUUGCAACAGGUGGAGUAACGGCGGCAAUAGAAAGUCCAAAGAAAUAGAGACUGAACUGAGGGUGGACUGGGGCACUAUAUUGUGUGCGCAUUGUGGAUAGCAAAAGUAAA